UCUCUGAUUUGUUUAGGAGCAGGUUCUCAGUGCUGGACUUUACGGCAUCUGAUUGAAGCUCAGUGUAGUAGUGUUCUUCUGGUCCUACUUUCUGUCAUGACCUAAAUUAUAGGUGAAUUUCCAUGAUGCCACUUUGCCUAAUGGAAGUGUAGUCAAGUUACUAUGAACAUGAGAAAUAUGCAUAUAGUAUGUUUUAACAUUUAUUGAUGUUUUAACUAAGUGUUCCCGAUGUGGCAAGUCGAAAUCGGUUCGGAAGUUCUGGGGAGGUUUUUUUCUUUUUCUUUUUUUUUUUUUUUUUUUGCAAUAUCAAACAUUAUUGUGUAAGCCAGUAAAGGUUUUUUUUUUUUCUGCUUGCUUCAUCAACAAGUGUUCCUCUUUACUCUUAACUCUUUCCUUUUUUUUUUUGUCUACGCAUCUCAUAGUUCUCCAGCUCUGUUCUCACAGCCAGUGUAUGAACUCCUCUACACUAGUGCACUAGUUAGUUAUUACUUCCACCGGGUCGAUUGUAAUCGUAUACGUGUAUUUGGAUUUCAUGCUGAUCUUCCCAGAAUGUUUCAGCAAAUUCCACUUGGGUAAAAUGUUAACAUGGAAACAUGGAAACAGUCUCAGGAGAAUGGAAUGCCCCCUUCUUUAUUUCCUUAAAAUGAAAUUUUUUAUGAGUUCGUGUGUAGAAAGGUGUAGAAAGGGACUGAGUUUAACUUGGUAGUACGUUACCAAAGUCUGUUCAUGUUUUUUUGCGUAUAGAAAUUCUCUAUAAGUAGUUUAUUUGACUGGAAAUAAGUGUGUUAAGUGGGUUUUCACUUGGGUGGGCAUGACGGCUUAGUCGUUGGUUGGUGGUUCGAUUCCUGCGUCGGAGCUUGCAUGCUCUCCGCAUACUUCGGAGGUUUCCUCUGGGUUCCUCCCCCAGUCCAAAGACAGCCAUUGUAGGCUGAAUGGGAUUUCCAAAUUGUCCGUAGUGUGUAAAUCAUAACAUAAUUGUUUAUAUGAUUAAGGUUUUCUGUGAGCAGUUGUUUAUGGAAGGAGUCUCCAGUAUCAGCAGUUUGUAACAGUCAGCGGUAAUGAUGUAAGUUUUCCACCACAGCCAAGUCUUUAGGACAAAAAAGUCCCAAAAAGACACAGUAUCAGGGCAAGCUGCAUAAGAGGGUUUAUGUGAAUGAAUAUUUAUAACUGCUAUAACAUAUCAAGUAUCAUUGCUGUGGUAUAGGAGGAACAAACACUUCUGGAUAUGCGGUUAUCGGAAAAAAUAUCAACUUCAGCAUGGACAACAAAUCAGAUGUGAGAGCCAUUCGGGCUCGGUUCCAGACUGCAGGUGUCUCUAUGGAAGGAAGUGGUGCAGCACGUCCAAAAACCACUGUCCACCCAACCCUAUCAGGUCCCAUGGUGCCGUCUAAAAAACCUGCGCUGGAGGUCAGCCUCUCAGGCAGUGCUGCUGCUGCUGCUGCUGCUAACUCCACCAACCCUAGACCAAGCUACGUGAAGAACAUAGUCUCCAACAACAGUGCGCCAGAGCCGUGGGAGUCUUCAAAGUCUAAAGCCCUCGUCAGCAGGUUUGAAAAUGCAAACGCAAAUGAGGAUAGCAAACCCCCUUUUGCUAAACCCUUGAAACCGAAACCACCGGAUUGGAACCAGAACAGUGAACAGAAGCCAAAGAUACCAUUACAGAAGCCGCUGAUAACAGAGGCCAAGAACGUGUUCCCCAAACCACCUGUGACAACCAAACCUUUCAAGAGCCCCAAACCUGAGAACAAUGAAAGCACUGUGAACACCAUCCCUACCACUCCAAAAAUGCCUGCAGCUCCCAAACCAAAGAGUAGCAUCAACCUACUUUGGCAGCAGGCAGGAGACGAGAAAGAGGAGGAUCAAACGGCAAAACCAUUCUCGCGCGCAAAUUUAAAGAAUUCCAGCUUCCAUACUGCCCACAAUCGCUUCAACAAACCAGAAGAACCAGCAAAGGACGAGUCCAAAUCGCAAAGCUCAAAAGAAUCUCAAGUGCCAGGCCCCAGUGUCCCACAAAAAAAACCUAGCUACAAGACCAAACCCUCUGGACUUGAUGCACAGACGGUGAAAGAUCCUUUAGCCCCCAAAAAAAACCCAUUAACUAACCUUCUUGCUCUCGGCAGUGCGCCAAGCAAACCUAACAGACCACCCAAGGUCAACCUUGAGAAGUUCAAGAAGGCUGCAGAACCACCAAGUGAGGGACCUGAAAUAAAGAAGGGAGGUCCUCUUCCUCCUCCUCCACCAGCGUCACACCCCAGCACCCAGGCAGCUCCAAUUUUGCCUCCGCGACCUCCAGGACCCAAAAUGGAGACAGAAGAGGAAUACGAUGAUGUCGGUGACUUGCAUGACUCAUCGUUUGGAAACUCAGGGCGAGGAGAUGAGGGAAGUGGAAGCGACGGGGAGACGUAUGAGGAACUUGAUGGAUGGUCCACACCAGAGGUGAAGGAACAAGAAAAGAAACGGGAAAAGGAAGAGAAAAAGCGAGCAGAGCAAGAAAAGAAAGACCAGAAGGAACGUGAAAAAAAAGAACAAGAGGCCAGAAAGAAAUUCAAACUGUCUGGACCUCUGCAAGUCAUCCAUAAAGUAAAAGCGAGAGUGGACUGUAAAGGUGGCAGGAAUGACCUCAGCUUUAAACAGGGCGAAUCUAUUGACAUCCUCCGGAUUACAGACAACCCUGAGGGCCGAUGGCUGGCCAGGACUCAAGACGGGUCGUGUGGCUACGUAAAGACCGAAUCGGUCCAGAUCGACUUUGAUACUCUGAAAAAUCAGUCCAGACCUCUGCCUGAGAAUGACGGAGAUGUGUAUGAUGAUGUGGGGUCUCAGGAGGACAACAGUAGGAGCAACAGCGGGCCAGGAGUCGUUCUGCCUCCACCUCCAGAAGGACCCGAUGAUAUAUACGAUGAUCUGGAUGAUUCCAGCCUUAAUGUCAGCAGCCCGGAGCCCAGGUCUCUACCCAAAGCACGCAGCUUCAUUCGGAUGCUAACCCCCAGUGACUGGAGAAAAAGCCCUGUCCACAUUAACGUGGUUCCUCCUCCUCCACAGUUCAGUCCAGAGAGUAAUCCAGGAGCUGAGGAAAUUUAUGAUGACGUGGACACACCACAGCCUCCCAGCAGCCUGCCUCCUUCCAAAUCGAAGCCGGCGAAACCCGAAGCUAAGACGGAUGAUCCGAAGAAGCAAAAGAAAUUUGAAAAAGAGGAGAAGGAGUUCAGAAAGAAGUUUAAGUUCGACGGCGAGAUAAAGGUUCUGUAUCAAGCGACUGUAAUCGGUAAUAAGAAAGGCAGUGGCAAGGAUCUGGCAGUGCAGGCCGGUGACAUCCUGGACGUCAUCAGCAACUUGGACAACGACAAACUCAUCUGCAGGAACAAGGAGGGAAAAUUCGGAUAUGUCUUAAACAGUAACGUCCAGUCUGAAGAUAAUGACAUCUAUGAUGACGUCGGGGAUGAUUGCAUCUACGACAACGACAACUGAUCGUGAGCGUGCCAGCGUCUUCAUGCAGCCGUGGACCUCAGGCCUGUUUUAAUGCCCCGUCUGACAUUUUAUAUUGGGAUUAUUUACUCUACAUGUGGUGGGAUGCAACGUGUGUGUGUGUGUGUGUGUGGAUCGAGUCAAUCCGGUCAUGUGACUCAAACCCAGCAGGAGUUCACUUUCAGCAGUUGGACAAAUGUACACAGUGUCCCUUUUCAGAAAUGUAGCUGCUCAGCUGAGACAUGUCUGAUGUCCUCUCAGAGGGACUACAUUUGGGGAAAUGGGACAGUGUGUACAAUUCAUUUGCCUUAUUUUCUCCUUUAGGACUUUUUUUUUUUUUUUUUUUUUUUUAAACACCUUUGUUUUUGUUGAUGUUAAAGUAUUUACAGAUUUUUUUUCUUUGGUCGCUUAUAUGCAGAUCGCCUAUAUGGAGUUGUAUAACAUUUCUAACACCUUAUUUAUGUACGAGGCAGUAUUUUGUUUUGUUCCCCCAUGUUAUAUUGUCACAUUGUUAUGUAGUCUACAGUUUAAUAAAGAAGAUUCCAUUACAGGU